AGAGACACAUUCACUACUGAGAGACACAUUUCAAUAAGAUUCACCUUCAGACCAAACUAACAGCUUCCACAGAGAGAGGACAGCUACAGGAAGGAAAACAGGAACACUGCAACUUUAACCUGCAACAAUUCAACACACUGACUCUUCAGUCAGAGAGAAAAUGUCUUCCAGGUCAGAGGAGGAUCUCUCCUGUCCUGUCUGCCAUGACAUCUUUAAAGAACCUGUUGUCCUGUCAUGUAGCCACAGCUUCUGUAAAGACUGUCUGCAGAGCUGGUGGAGAGAGAAACUAAUACAUGAGUGUCCAGUUUGUAAGAGAAAAUCAUCAAAGAGUGAUCCACCUAUUUGUUUGCCAUUGAAGAACCUGUGUGAGACCUUCUUACUGGAGAGAGAUCAGAGAACUUCAGCAGGGUCUGAGCCUCUCUGCAGUCUGCACUCUGAGAAACUGAAGCUCUUCUGUCUGGACCAUCAGCAGCCAGUGUGUGUCAUCUGCAGAGAUUCAAAAACACACAACAACCACAGAUAGACCAUCGAUGAAGCUGCACAGGAUCACAAAGAGGAGCUUCAGAAAUCCCUGAAGCCUUUACAAGAGAAACUGAAGCUGUUUGAACAAGUUAAAGGAAACUGUGAUCAAACAGCAAAACACAUUAAGGUCCAGGUCCAACACACAGAGAGGCAGAUUAAGGAGCAGUUUAAGAAGCUUCAC